AUGAAAUUAUCACCAGCGGUUACCCCUCGCACUCGCCUGCGUUUCUUGGCUGUGUCUGUGAUGUUCUGUGCUAUUCUGGUUCACAUUUUUGCACUUGAAGAAAAACUGGCGCGAAAACUGCGAGAAGAAGAUGGCGUAUCUGAAGGCACUGAAGUUGGUGAAAAACAAUCAAAGUUGUACCGUGAUCGAAGAACGGUGAAAAAUAACGCGACCCCCAACCUGUCGGACUUUGUAAACCGGCUGAAAGAUCUUGAAGAAAGGUAUGAUCUUAACGCGGCGAUUCGCUGUCUCAUUUCGAGUGCUACAUUUUCUGUCACAUGGGCAAUGUUCAAUGUCGGUUACGUGCCACUAUCCUAAACUCAAACUUUCCUUAAAAUGGUGCAUUUACUAACAUCAUUUACCGUUUUUACUAAGCCACAACAAGAGCGUACGUAUGAUGAUCAGACAAUUUCAAGCGUUGGAGAAAAGGUUUGAGAAAUAAUAAAAUUAACUGCAUUAAUGCUGAUUGCUUAUUCAAAAACUAACAAGUACCUCUGAAAUUGUUACUCCUGAGGCCGAUUGCAUAGGAAACCCGUUUGAUUUCUUGUCUAGCGAAGUAUCUUCUUUUGGUAUGGCAACAUGACAGAUCGCCUGUUUCCCAAAAAAAUAACGGCGAUUCUUGAGGUAGAGAAUUCAGGGGAAAAACCAAGAAAGUCCCUGUUAUCCAGGCCGGACAAGUAUUAUGGCCGGGACUAAUGGCUGUGCAAUGGAAGAUUUGUGUGGGAAGAGUUUCAUCCAAGUUCUGGCUAACAUCGUUCAGUGUACCUGAGAGUUAUUAAUUGUUGAUUAUCUUUUAUCUAUAAACUGACUUGAUUACAGACUUUCAUAUCAUCGACGCAAUAAUUUCUAAUGCAAAAGAAGAGUAAUAUUAUAAACAGCUGUAAAUAGCAAUAAAGUUAAAACCAAGCCGAAUUUAUUCUAAACUGGUGGCUGAUCUUGGGGCUUAAGGCUAUUUCCAUUCUAUACCGGAUAGCUUUUCGUGUGGACGCGAAAAGCUGUUGGGUUUAUAUGGUAUCAACAGCAACGGCACAGAACUGGAAAGUUCACACACAUCAAAGCAGCUGACCGAGAGGGGUUGGGAACUAAAUUUCGGCCCCCUAAAUGUUUACUUCCGUCUCAGUAGAUUCCAGUCCUCGCUCCUACUUAAUCACGUCCACAAAGGUCCACUGCACAACGCCGGUGGCACAUGACCUAUUUGAUAUGUUACGCUCUAUUUUAAAGAUCGGCGCGACAUAGCCUUGCUCCUUUUAUACUGAAAUUGCCCCAAAAUUAUCGUUCUUUUCUGUGAAAAGAAGCCCUGCCACGUAUGGUUUUCGUGCCGGUGCCAGAGCUAUCGGGUAUAGUGCGAAAAUGGCGUGAGCCCAUCACAGCGAAAGUCCUUGUUAGACUGUCUCUAAGAUCUUUUAUGGUUGAUCUUUUUUUCAGACUUGAUGGCUUACUACGAUUAUCUCCUCGACCGGGGGAAUCCUAUGGGUCACUUUUGAGCUACCUUCUCGGUAAAAUAUGAUGUUCAAUCCAAUCGAAAGUUUCCUAAAGCAACUAGCGGAUCACAGGCUUUUUCUCCCAAAACAUCAGCCUUAAAUAAUAAGUGAUUUUUGAGCUUUAAAGUUGAGUGUUAUAGAGUAUGUAAGCUACGAUAUGGCCAAAAAUCCGUAUUUAAUCCAUUUGGCUGGUAAAUGUGCUGUGAUUUAUGGGUGAUAUCAGGGGCACCCAACGACAAUUUUCGGAAAAUAUCUGUUCGGAAGACGAUUUGAAAUGUAGAAUUUUCGGAACAUUUGUUGUAAAAUUUCUUGCUUGCCUACCUCUCCUAGGACUUUUCGAACAUCUAAAAAAUGGUAUAAUUGCCUAUUUCUAACGGAUUUUUACCAUUUUUUUUUUUUUUUUUUUUUUUUUUUUUUUUUUUUUAUUUUAUUUUUUUUUUUUUUUUUUUAUUUAUUUUUUGCCUUACAGACAUAUAUUAAAUGUUUACAGUACUAAACACUACUGAAACUAAAUACUACUAACAAUAUUCACUAUACUUGCACUAUUUACAAUAUUGGCUAUACUGACAAUACCAUCCAUACGAUGCUCGUACUACUAAUAAUUACAAUGGUUACACUACUUACAAUUCUAGUACAUCACACGCACACCCACACCCACAUAAACACCCAAAAAAAAAAAAAAAAAGGUCAGCGGAGUUACUUUUCAUGUCUUUUCAUGUCUAUUUUAUAGCUUUUCAAUUCUGUAUUUAAUUAUCAUUUUACCAACGAAGUCUUGGAGGAGAAUUGGUUUGUUGUGUAGUUUGUUGGCGUAGAUGUAGUAUCUCAUAAACAACAUGGUAUAAUUGAAUUUCCUUACUAGUACCUUUUCAUGUAAGUCCGAGAGGAUGCCGAACAGUCUUUCUUCGCUAGAUGGGUUGAAAUUGAUCUUGUUUUCUAUAUUGAACCAGUUGAUAACCCGUUGAAUGAAAAUCUUGACGAAAUGACAAUCUCUAAAAGUAUGAUUGAUAGAGUCUUUUUCACCACAAUAUAUACAUUCAUCAUCUUCCUUGAUUCCAUAGCGGUAAAGUUCCUUUUUGGUGACUACAAUUCGGUGGAUUAAUUUAUAUUGAAAUUCCUUUAAUUUGGUCUCUCUACAGACGGUUUUUAGGGAGGUGAAUAUUUUUUCCCAUUUAUCUUCAUCCAAGGAAAGAUCUUUGCUCCAUCUCUGUGGCCCAGAAUGACCUGUUGUGUGGAUUUUUGUGCAUAAUAACGUAUAGAAGUCGCUAGUCUUGAUUUUGUUCAGAUAUAGAGUUAUCGAUUCAUUUAAUUGUAAACUAAGAUUAUUAUCAGAAUAUAACUCUUUAUUAAUUGGCUUCGUUGAUUUUGCUUUGGCUAAUAGGUGCUUUGGGAUAGCGCUAAUAACUUGAUAGUAUUGAAGGAAGUUAGUUUUACAGGAAUACUUAUUCGUAAAUUCCUGAUAGGUCAUUGGUUGACCGGUAUUGUGUAAGAGAUCUUGUAUUGACAGGAUACCUUUUUUUAAACCAUUCCCUGAUAAAAAAGGUUUUACUGUCAACAAGUAUUUCUUUGUUGUUGAAUAGAAUUAUAUUUUGUGCUUGAUCAAAGCUGUACAGAGUUUUUAAUUCACUGAAGUAUACUAGAAUAUUUCGGUAAAACAAUGGAAUAGAUUUUAUGUAUUUCGCAUCGUAGUUACAUCUCAGUAAAAAGUUCAAACCUCCGAAUUUUCUUAGGUAAUAAUCAGGAACUGUUUUCCAAUUCUGGUUCCCUGGAGUCAGUAAUCUUGGAAUCCAGGCUAGUUUUAGAGCUUUAAACAUUAUGUCGAUGUCUACCAUACGUAUUCCGCCUCUUCCCAGAUCCUGAUAGAGCCCAGUUCGUUUAAUUUUAUCCCUUUUGUUUUUCCAUAAGAAACUAAAAAGCUUUGUUUUCACUGUGCUUGCGAUAUCUUCGGGAACAUUAAGAAUUGAAGCUGAAUAAAUUAAUUGUGACAAUCCUAGGGACUUAAUUAUCAGUACCUUCCCAAAUAGUGUGAGGUCUCUAGAUCUCCACAUAUCCAGCUUUGUUUGAAGUUUUCGUAUUUUCAGAUUAAAGUUCAAUUCAUUGUUACCCUUCUCAUCAUAAGAGACAUGAAUUCCUAAGAGGCGAACCGGACUAUGUAACCAUUUUAGUUGUAAAGGAUAACUUUUGUUUUUUUCCCAUUUUCCCAACCAAAUUGCUUUCGAUUUCUUUAUGUUUAACUUGAGACCCGCUAGCCUCCCAAAAUCUCCCACCGUUUUCAAAGCAUUUUCAACGGAGAUCAAAUCUGCACAGAAAAGGUUUGUGUCGUCUGCGAAUUGGCUCAAUUUGAUUUCGUGCCCGAAUAUUUUGAUUCCUGUUAUACUUGGUUCUUGUCUGAUUUUGCUGGAUAAUAUCUCCGUGGAAAGCACAAAUAAGUACGGAGAAAGGGGACACCCCUGUCGCACUCCUCUGGACGGUCUAAACCAGUUGGUCAUGAAACCAUUGUUUAUCGCCGCGCUCUCAAUUUUUGUAUAGAAUGUACUGAUCCAUCUUUUUAUACUUGUUCCGAAAUUGAAUAUAUCCAGUGCUUUCAUCAUGAACGACCAUUCUAGAGAAUCAAAAGCUUUCCGAAAAUCUAGAGAUACUAGAAUGCCAGGUAUGCUUUCUGACUUCGUAUGUUCCAUUAUGUCGAUUAUUAGCCUAAUAUUUUCCCCGAUAUAUCUUCCUUUGAUAAAACCGGUUUGAUCAGUGUGCACUAGAUUUGUUAAUAAUGGUUCUAUUCUCCUUGCUAUUGCCUUAGUUGCUAUCUUGCAAUCAACAUUUAGCAGUGUUACCGGUCUCCAGUUUGAAAGUUCUAGUAGCGAGCCAUCUUCUUUGGGAAUUAAAGUAAUAACGCCUCUUCGUUGUGAAAUGGUGAGUUCAUUUGCAUCAUAGGCCGCAUUGAAACUAGCAACAAGAUCGUGUCCUAGCAGAUCGAAAAAAAAAAAUAUAUAAAAUUCAACCGUGAAACCAUCUUCUCCUGGAGCUUUGUUGUUUUGAAAAGUGUCUAAAGCUUUUUUGCAUUCUUCAUAAGAUAAUGGACCUUCUAUUCUAUCUCUGUCUGCAUCUGAUAGUUUUGGAAUUUUUAAAUGUUCGGCGAAUUCAUCAACAUUAUUUUCCUGUGAAUUAUUUGCUGAUGCGUACAAUUCGCUAUAAUAGUUUUCGAUAGCUUCUAAUAUCUGAGACUCGUUGUUUGUUACUGUUUCACUUUCUGUUCGCAGUUCAGUGAUGGUUUUCCUGUUGUAGUUUCUUUUCUCCAGAUUGAAAAAGUACUUUGUUGGACGUUCGCCCUUUUCGACCCAGCGACAUUUCGAUCUAAAAAUAGCUGCCCUCCCUUUCUCCUCGUAAAUAGAUUGGAGUUCCAUUUUGAGAUCUUCAUAUUCAUUUAGGAUGUGCGCGAUAUUGGGAGAGUUAAAGUUGUCGCAAAUAUUGCGGUCCAGAAUUUCGAGCUGUCUCCUAAUUUCCAAUUCUCUAUUAGUGGUCGCUUUAGCUUUCUUUUUACUAUAAGCAAUGGUUGCCGCUCUGGUUUCCAUUUUUAACAUUUCCCAAAGAAGGCGUGCGUCUGCCAAAUUGGAGUAAAAAGCGCGUGUGCGGGAGUACGUUUCACGGAUUUUGGACACAUAAUGUUCAUCUUUCAGUAACGUGUUGUUGAAUUUCCAAAGUCCGGGUCCUCUAGACUUUUCAGUUGUCCAAGACAAAGAAAUGUAAAUUGCUCGGUGAUCCGGUGCUAUAGAAGGAUAAAUUUCGCUUUUCUUCACAUGUUGUGUCAGAUUUUUGGCAACUAGGAAAAAGUCUAUUCUGGAUUUCAGUUUUAACACUUUUGAUUCAUAAGAGUAUUUACGUAGCCUCGGGUGACGUAAUCUUUGAAUAUCUACGAGAUCGAAAGCGUCCAUAGUUGUCAAAAUCAGGUUUCGAUAAUUUGUUGGUUUCAAAUUGUGCCACCAAUUUUAUCUAUCUUUGAUAGUGUGCAAUUCCAGUCGCCUCCUACAAUAAGCGUGGAAAUUUCUGACUUGUCGAUAAGGCAAUUGUUUAAGUUUUGUAAGAAAUCUAAUUGUUCACUUUGGCUAUUCGGGGCAUAAAUAUUCACCAGUGAUAAUUUUAGAGAAUUCAGAACACAAGUAAUUAGCACGAUUCUUCCAGCCUUGUCACUGAAUGAGUAAUCGAUCUUAUUUUGUACCGUAGGGUGUAAAAGAAUGCAAACACCUUUACUAUGCCUGGAUCCGUGAGAGAAAAAUAUUUCACCUCCCAUUCGUUUUUCCAAAUAAUUUCAUCUUCUGGUUGAGAGUAAGUUUCUUGCAAGAAAUAAAUUUUUGAGUUAUGAUCUUUGAGAUAUAGAAAAAUGCUCCUCCGUUUGGCUUGAUCUCUUAUUCCCCUUACGUUUAGAGAAAGUAUAUCGUAUUUUGCUUUCUCUUGCAUUACAAUAAAAACAAAAAAAAAAAAAAAAAAGAAGAAUAUAUAUGCAAAUUUAAAAGAAAAAAAAAAAAAAAAAAAUACAGAAGCAAACAAAACUAAAAUUAUACAAAACGUAAAUUAAAGUAGUUUUUGAGCGUUUCCCUUCUUCUUCUCCGAACUUUGCGUUUUUUGUUCCUGUCCCAAUUGUAAGUUACAGUUUUUGUCUUCCUUGGCCAGACGAUUGGACAUUUAAAGAUAAUCUAAGUCUUCCAGCUCGUUAAUUCUGACCGGCUUACCCUGCGGAGAGGUCUUGACAUAUAUUGAUCCAUCCAUUGACCAGACACUCAACAAUUCAUCAUUUCUCCGCAUCUCGUUUGCCCGAUUCAUUAUUUUUUUCCUGUACGAGGUAAGAUUCUGGUUUAAAAAAAUUCUGUCGGCUUGCACUAGAGUUGACGACGAGCACUGCGGGAAGAUGUUAGAAACUCUGACAUUUUUUAGCUUAGCCCUAGCCCUGUAUAGAUUUGUUUUGACCUUGUGGCUUAUAAAUUUUACAAUAAUUGGUUUGUUACCCUUCCUGUUCAGCUUGUGACAUAUUUCGAUAUCCUUUGGUUCCACCGAUACAUCUAGGGCCUCCGCUAAUUUUAACACCACGUCUUCCGUCUCGGUGUAGGCGCUUUCUGGUACACCAUGUAUUUCUAUUGAGUUUUUCCUCGUGUAUUGUUCUAGUUUGUCUUGAAGAUCGUACAAUUCACCAAUUUCUUCUUCCUGCUCUUGAAUUUUCUUUCUUGCUGCCACCAGCCCGCGUUCUACCUCGUUGUACUGCUUCGUUAUAUGUUCUAGAGAUGAUUUCAACGCAGUUAUAUCGUCUGUUUGGUGUUGAAUUGUGCGCUUGAGAUCGGUCAUUUCGCUUCUGAUUGUUUUGUUUUCGCGUAGGAUAGUUGCAGUAUUUAUUUGAAUGUCUACCAACAUCUCCCUUAGUUCUGCAUUACUGGGCUCACCUUCGGCGUUUAUUGCUUCAUUUGUCGCUUCCACUAACUCCGCGGCCUCUUCCUCUUGACAUUCCGCCAUGUUGGCUCUUUUAAGUGUCGAUGGUUCUUCUUCUUCCACUGAUCCUCGAGCUCCUCGUUUGUGUUUUCCUCCUAAUUUCUGCAUUUAAUACUUCAGCAAGUAUUUAAACGUUGAAUUAUUAUGUCAAGGCGGUAUAAAGUUCUCUAAAAUUGGCGUAAAGGGACAGAAACUACGCUCCUCACAAAACGUGCCACCGCACACCGACCCCACGCAUGAUCUCGGAUUUUUACCAUAAAAAGGUCGCCUAGAAUUUUAGGAAGCCUUUUUUCUGGCUGAAAUUUUCGAAAAGGUAAGUUUUGAUCCCUAUAAUUUUCGGAUCACUAGACUUUCAGCUAGGAAAUCCGAACAGAUGAAAAAUUUUGGGGGGAUAAAAAUAUGCUUAUAUCUACCGUUUAAAUACUAAAAUACGUUUAACAAUGCUAUGUUUAAGUGGUUUUGAACUAUAUUCUCGUUGGGUGCCCCUGUGAUAUCACCGGUGUGUUUCUAUUUCAGGUCAGCAUAUGCAAAACCCUGGAAAGGGACGAGUUGGACCACCCGGCCCUCCAGGGAAACAAGGGCCGACUGGUGUUCCUGGGAAACAGGGACCGGCUGGUACUCCUGGGAAACAAGGGCCAGCUGGACCAAAAGGAUCAAAAGGUGAAAAGGGUAAACGACCAAAAGAUCAAAGAAAAAAUGAAAAUUGUACAGGCGAAUCUUUGUUUACAUUUUUUGCCUCAUCAGCAUGUGCUUUACAUUCUUUGUGAUCAAGCAAUUAAAAUAAACUGUCUGAAUAUCAAACAAGCACAACAAUUUCAGUUAUCUGUGAAAAUUUAACCUCGAUACAUCGAAUUGUUUCAGAAAAAUUAUGUAUGAAAAAGUCGAAACUUUACAAAGAAUGUAUGGGCUCAUUAACGUUUUUGCCACCCAGCAAUUUCGCAGGUCCAACUCUCUCACUUUUGUACAUCGGUAACGCCUUCUAUGGGUUAACUCGUAUGCUAAUAAGCAAACAUGUAACAAUGACGCCAAGAAAGGUUCGCCUAUAACACCAACUUUGAACGCAGUGGCGAGAGCAAAUGAAACCCGUUUUGUAAGUUCAGUUUGUACGUUCCAGCAAUUAGAAGUUAGCCGGCUGUGAAGAAAACUGUUAAAUUGGCAUCUCAGUUAUAUUCUGACAACGUAUUCUUUUACGGCUCUUGCAGUUAAUGAUCAUGGAGGGUCUUAAUGCAAGCCGGCCAGCUUUCAACCCCUACACGCGUGAAAUUCAAUGUGGAUUGUAAGGAACCCAUAGCAAAAAAACACUUUUAUGGAUUCCACUUUUGAGCACUAAAAUAAGUCAUAAAGCUGGGAUCAAGCGCUUUGAGUCAUUUGAUACUUUUUAGGGGAACAAGGAAAACCAGGUACUAACAAGCCAUUCCCAGGCCCCCCUGGUCCAAAAGGAGACCAGGGAGCAGUUGGGAAGACUGGAGCCCAGGGACCACAGGGUGCCAAAGGAGAAAAAGGACAGGGUGGAGCUGGAAAUUCAGGGGUGAAGUACAUUCGCUGGGGGAGGACCACGUGUCCUAGUGGUGCGCAGAUAGUUUAUAAAGGUAAGCGAAAAGGAGCUUUAGUAUACCUAAUAGUUUUUAUAUUUACUCCCAUGAUUCUAAAGACAGAAAGAGUGAUAAACUGAAAAUUUUUAUGCGACGUGUUGAUCCUUAUCUAAAAGUGACAAUUAUGACUAAAUUUUUGCCCAAAAAUGUUACAGCCAUUUGUGGUUAGUAGUCUUCGUGUUUCAAGCAAUUCGAUAAGCUCGCUCUGUCUUUGACUAUCCAGCAAUUUUCACCUUCUAGCGAUAUUGCAUAUGAGCUAGGUAUUCUGCCAAUUUUUUGAGUAAGAACUAGUCAACAGAAUCCUAGGGUUGAUGUUUUUGAAGGUAAGAAAGGAUUUCAAACUUUUUUAACGGCGUUUUCCGAUUUACUUUGGCAGAAUGUUUUUCGUUUUGCAACAACAGUUCACUCGAGUAAAUGAGGCCAUUUUGUCAACUCAGCAUUUCCUUACAAAGAGAAUUCAGUUGCCUAGAAAUUAAAGUUAAUCGAGUAUGGCAAAAGAAAAUGAAAGCAAAUGUUAACGAAAAUUCUUCAUUUCAAAUAACCAGAACAGAGAAAAGACCCCUUUCCUCCCUCAACCGCUAGCCGCCAUUUCAUGCACUUGCGAAGAACAGAACAAGGAACCUUUUAAUUAACUUGGCGAGUUGACAGAAGAAAUUAAAAAACAAAAAACUACCCACGAAGUAACAAGAAUAAUUGUUAAAUGAUAAAUUUUUUGCCUGGUAUCAGGUAUAAUGGGUGGAGAGCAUUACACUCACCAAGGUGGUGGAGCGAACUACCUCUGCCUUCCACACAAUCCAAAGUAUGACAAGUACACAAAUGGCCAUCAGGCUUCCGGAUACAUGUACGGUACUGAAUAUGAAGUAUAUGAUCGCAACGGAAACCCUUUUAAGAGAAAUAUUCAUAAUCAUGAAGCAGUAUGCGUUGUCUGCUUCGUCAAGUCACGUGGCUCGAUGCUGAUGAUGCCCGCUAGGAAUGACUGUCCGUCUGGAUGGAUCAAGGAGUAUAAGGGGUACCUGAUGACUGAAUAUCAUAACCACAGACAUCCAACCGACUUCAUCUGUGUUGACGGGGACCCAGAGUAUGUUCCUGGUAGCCAUGCCGACAAGAAUGGUGCUUUGCUGUACCCUGUGGAAGGUGUUUGUGGCUCACUCCCAUGUCUUCCUUAUGUCAGCGGUCGAGAGUUGACAUGCGCUGUGUGCACCAAGUGACGAGAAGAUACCUCUCACAGUGGCAUGGCCAUCAUGCCGAUGAGAUACGAAAACUACAUAAUAAUGGUUAAAUCAGUAUAUACUUUCAACUGCGUUAUCUGGUCUGCUAGCACUAAGGAGCCAGAAAAGUUCGCUGUGAAUUUAUACGGGAUGUAAGCAAUAACAAUUAAAAUAAGGUGAAAACGUUGAUAAAAAAUGUGUUUCUUUUCUUGGUUUUUCAACCUAUUCCAAGAAAUCGGUACAAAAGCCCUGGCUGACAGCAAGUAGCAAAGCCAAUCUUCGAUGACCCAUGUAAACUUUAAAUAAGUCCCUGUUUUUGAAGUCCAUGAAAGGAAGAGGGCAUACAAGAGAGAAGAGAAUUUCCUCACCAGAUUUUAGCUCGCCUAACAGGCGUUAUUUGGCGUUGACGAGAUAAAGGCGCGAAGCGCGUUGUAAGGGGACACGAAUUCUCGGGGGAAUCUGUCCGUCUGAUUUGUCUUCGUAAAGCCUAUAAGGCGUCUGCGCGCUGCCUGUGAACUGUGAUCCCAGGUUUGUCGAGUACACUUCACACUGCGCUCGCAAUUUACGUGCAUGAUCAGUAUAUUUGAUUGCACCUGGUAGUUACACCUGGUAGGUAAACCACGAGCGGUGGUCCUUCUUUCCACAGGGCCACGCGCGGUGAGUGAAAAAGUAAAACUACUGUGAUUCAAAAGAAAAAUAAGAGACUGCUCGCAGUCUACCUGGUAGGGGACGGGACGGCGAAUUUUGUAAAAACAGGUUAUCAAAUUGUUUUCAGGCGAGCUCUUGCGAUGGCUACUCAAUGGAAGAACGGCUAACAAAUGCGAGAUUAUAUCACUAUAUUUUUACCUCAUUAAGCCCUGACAGUGAUGAACAACAAAGUUCUCCUUUGAAUACGACACAUUUUACACAUUGGUGACGAGAAUGAAGGGACAUGAUCAAAAACAAUAAAUCUAAUUAAAACUUCAACAAAUUCUCCCACUAAAAACAACAACUUUUAUUUAAACACAUGCAGUUAAAAUUGAAGCUAAUACAGUUUAUGGGGCCGUGUACAUAUUAUUAAAAACAUGCUAAUGAAAAUACAUAAUUGUAAUUAAAAAAUCUAUACCUAAAAAGUAAAAAAGUACUCAAUUCUUGUGUUAUCCAAAAAAUAUAAAUGUAUCAGUAUUAUUAUAUUGAUUAUUAGUCAAUGAAAGACGAAAUCACUGUCAUUGAACAUAUUCAUUGCAGGGGGUGAUUCAGCUGAGAAAUUGAGAUUUUUGAGGGCUUGAGAGUUUAUGGCCAUUUUAGCGUAGGCUCUUGUGUCAGCCAGGGAGGGAUCUAACAAGUUCCAAGCAUGGGAUCCUCUGUACGAGAUGGAGUUCUUCAUGUUGUACGUUUCGAAACACGAAACACUUACGCGAUGCUGAUGACACAAGUCGUACUUGUUCUUUCGCCUCUGGAUUAGACGUUCUAAGCAUGAUGGAGUCAUGCGAUGAAAUAUUUUAUAAAUUAAAGUGGCUAUCUUGGCCUUGUACAUGUCAAAUAACAAGUCCCACCUGAUCGAUUUUCGAACGUCUACAGAGGGUAAGUCUCGGGGCAGGUUAUAUAUGACUCAAGCAGCUCUGCUAUGUAUAGAUUCCAAAGCAAUUGGUAGCGCAAGACCGCUUAUUGGUAGCGUACGACCACUUAUUCUGCAGAAAACGUGUACGGGACAACAAAUGGAUAAAGUAUGGAAUAUUUUUUGAAGGAUAGCUACCAUACUUUACUUUGGAGAUUGGGAUCGGCGUUUUCUCCAGUCCAUGAUAUCGUGACAGUCUAACAUCGCAUAAAAUACUUCUGCUCAGUUUACUACUCGCCCCGUGCCAGCCCCUUCUCGUUUUGCGAAGCCAUGAUGUUCCAUUGAGCAUCAAAUUCUUCAGUUUUGCACUGUUAAAGUUAUCUCGUUUUAAAAGUAACCCUUUGGUCGGUGGAAAUUGCCUCAAGGUCAGUGUAAUGAAAGGAAAUUUUACAUGAAACAUGAAUUUUACAUUCAAGUUAUAAAUUGCUCUCUGAAAUUUCUAAGUGAAAUCAUCAAGCUUUGUGAGGUUCAUGUGUCGGUAAAAAUGUCUGGUUUAUUCAGAUUUCUUCUCUAUUACUAUUUUCACUCAACUCGAGGCACUACCCGAUAACUUCAAGUCUAAUUAUUUUUUAGACAAAGGGGAAACAAUUGAGGUAAUAUUUUACAAACAAAUUGACGGUUCUCAGUAUAACGGUGUUUGGCGCCUAGUUUAACAGUCGUUAAAGUUUUUAUAAACUCAAGAUUAAAUGAUAUCUUUUCGUUUUUUCGUGGGCAUUCAGGUUUGGGCUCAACUUAUUUCUGAACCAUCUGAACCAUGGGAGGAUAACCGUAUAAUUGUAAGUAUAAAACUUUCAGAUACAAUGGAAAGGGACUUUUAUAGCUAGUGGAAAACAACAUAAACAUUUCAGCUUGAGCGAGCCAAAGCGAAUACAGCCUGAAUCAGAAAUGUGUCGAUGUUGUGGUUCAAAGUUUCCUUUGCUUUUAUGAUUUUCAAAACAGCUUAAAGUUUGUCACAAUAUGAAUCAGCCAACUUCAUACUUAGGAAGGGUAGGUGGGCAGCAGAACCUUAUACUGAUACACUUUUACUUAGAUCGAUUGUGGUCAUCAAUUUAAGGGAAAGGACAGGAAAAAUAACUUACAGCUGAUUGAAAAAUGUUACAUGCCAUGGAAAAAUUGAGUUUAGGCAGAAAAUUAUUUUUCAAGUGGAAAAGUAAACUGUGGUUGGGGGUUGAGUGUCAAAAUAUUGUGCAGCAUUGUCAGUCCCAAGCACUGAUGUUGUUUAUUAAUUAUUUCAACAGCAAAAAUGUUUUUCAGUGUAUAUACUAAUUAACUAUUCGGGUUGUAAAUUCUAAAUCAUUCUUCCUAACAUAGAACACUCCUUAAGUUCUAAACAUUGCAUUCAUGACUUUCAAGACAUGAAUUUAGAUGUUAGAGCUGCAGAUUCCAACUUGAAUUAGGCACUGAAAUUUGAGAUAAUAAUUCUGGUAGGCAUUAAAUUAAGCAAGGUUUUAUUCCUCUAUUUCAAAAACAUGACUGUGCCUCACAGACUUUUGUCAUCUGUUAUGAAACCAAUUGUUUUUUCCCUAUAUCCUCUACCAGUAAAGAUGGUAAAUUUGUCAUUAGCAUAUACAUGCUUUGUUAAUUAAUUUCAGGGCAGCCUUUCAAAUACUGAGUGUCUAACAUUCAACUUAAGAAGCUGGUAAACAUCUUCAGAAAAACAAGGAAUAGGAGUUAUCUCUAGAAAUGUUGUAAGUUAAUAAUAAUAUUGUUAUUGUUGUUGGAUUACAAAAAAUAACUCGCCGUCCCAACGGGGCUAGCCUGCCGCGGUCGCAAGACACUCUAAACCGCCUGGAUAACUAAGCAGUGUGUAUAUAGGGCGUAGUUGCCGAGUUGUACUAAAUGGAUUAUAGUAACAGAGGAAGAUCUUUUCCAGGAUUCUAAUCCCUAGUUCCCCGGAGAGACAGAGAACGAAAAAUCAGAAAUAUACUUGAGAGGAAUAUGAUUUAUACGAAAGAACAGAGCCGAUCUUGAUCAAUUCCCUCCUGCCUUUGAGCAUGACACGUGGCCAUGUCCUUGAAGGUAAAUUUCGCUGUUAGUAUUCAGCGUAGUUUCUGUAGUUUGAUUCAGUUUCCUUUAAUUCAGCAAAUACAAAGAGAAUCCUGCUUCAACCCAAGAAAGGAUUUUACCUACGACAGCCGCACCAAAGUUGUGUCAUCUAUAAGUGCCACCGAAUUUUGCAGAAUUAAAUUUGACAAAUUUUGUAUGUUUAGACUUAACACAAAGCGAGUUCUUUUUUAUCACUACGACCGACUAAGCAGAGUAAAUUUUAGAUCCGUUUACAAACAAAAGAACUCAGAGUCAUUAAUACUCUUUCAAAGCUGUGUUAAUUGAAUGAUUUUCUUUAUUUGCCACCUAGCUGAGAUGAUUCAUGUCAAUGACUGUGUUUAAGCAAUAAGUUCUCUCUCUCCCUCUCUGGGGUAAAUCAUGAAAGAGACCUUCAAAGGGGGGUAAAUGCUCUGGCUUUGUUUGUUUCCUGAGGGUGCCUGUCGCGUUGUAGGUUAGGAAAAAAUAUCGCUGUCGCGGAAAGUCGCUAGGGUAAAAAGUCGCUGUCGAUUGGCAUAAAUUUCUGUGAUACUCAAUUUCAGAUUUACGGCAGAUAUACAAAAUUCAGGAUAUAGAGUCACAAAAGAACAAAUCUUAUCAUAAACUUUCUCCCGCGGUGAAUGAAAAGUUACGGACAUGCAUUCUCGCCCGAGCCCGAAUGGAGAGCUUGAAACCUCACAAUCAAAAAAAUUGCCGGAGGCUCAAAUAAAUAAGCUUAACAUGCAAAUUUAGUAACAGAUUUUACACAUAUAGUGGCCGGCAGAAGUAAAGAUAUACUCGGUACAGAUUCCAAUACUUAACUUAACCUCCACUUUUAACGCUACCGACCGGAUUCAGACUGGGCCAGGCUUCUUGUGUAGCAAAAAUGCUUAAUCUUGCUAUGAAACACUGAGUUUGUCCGUAUGUGCCGUCUACAAACUUAAUAUGACUAUACCGAUACUAUAGUAGAUUGUUUACUCAUUGUUCUUGCAUAUUUAAGUCUGUUGCAAGCUCACAUCCGCCUUCCGAUCAUCAUGAUGGCCUUAGAUGCUACGUCACAAGCGCGAAAAAUUUCUCGUCCGAAUUUUCGUACCUUCCGAACUUCGAUAUUGACUUCACGUAACACCUUUUUGUGGAGGAUAGACAAAAGGUUGUUUUCUGUUUCAAAAGAUCUUUCCUUUAAAAUGAAAUUGUCUCUAGCGGUUACACCUCGCUCGACCAUACGUUUCUUGGCUGUGACAGUGAUGUUCUGUACUGGUCUGGUUCAUAUCCUCGCUCUUGAUGAUAAACUGGCGCGGAAACCGCGAGAAGAAGAUCGCGUAUCUACUGAAGGCACUGAAGUUGGUGGACAACAAUCGCUGCCGUUCCGUGAUCGAAGAACGGUGAAAAAUAACCGAACUCCCAAUCUGGCGGACUUUGCAAACCGGCUGAAAGAUCUCGAAGAAAGGUAGCUAAAGGUAUUAUGUUAGCUCGGCGAUUUGCUAUCUCAUUUUGAGAACUCAGUUAAUUCGAGACCACAGGAACAUUCUAUUAGACACUGUUCAUCGGUUACAAUGUUCACACCGUUUGUAAAAUGAUGGAUUUACUAACCUCAUUUCCUCUUCCUUGCCAAGCCACAACAACAGCAUACGUUUGUCUCGAAUGAUGAUCAGAAGAUUUCAUGAACUGGAGAAAAGGUUUGAGAAAUGAAAUUAAAAAUUCACCUUUGUUAAUAUAAUUGCUUUUUUAAACUAAAUUACUUCGAUUCUGAAACUAUCAUUGCAUACUGGGGGAAAUCUGUUCAAUCUCUUGUCUAACGAAGCAUGUGCUUUUGGCAACUAAAAUGUGUAACGGCGACUCCUGAGGUCAGGAAGGGGGAUAUUAUAAGCCUUUAAAACAGUUUCAAAACUGUGCAUAGGCUUGGGUUCCCUAUUAUAAAAGUACCUGGAUACCCCCUUUAAACAGGAAAACGCUUUGCAUGUUGGCCGGCAGUGAUGGAUGUUGAAGACUUGCAGCCCGCGGCUUAUGUGGGAAGAUCAGUUUUCAGAUCCAGAAUAGAAUAUCCUUCAGUGUAAAGACCAGAGUAAUUGUUGAUUAUCUAUAAACUGACUGGAUUACAGAUUUUUUCCUUUCAUCCACGCACUAAUUUCCUAGAGCAGAAGAAGGGUAGCAAACACCACGAAAAUAUAACAACGCUUGACUCUUGUAAAGUUAAAUUCAAGCCGCAUUAAGGCUGAACUGGUGGUUGAACUAGGGCUAAAGACACGAAGGUCCCCGUUACACUGUCCCUGACAAUUUCUAUGUUUGACUCUUUUUUGCAGAUUUGAUGGCUUACUGCGAUUAUCUCCUCGACCAGCGGGGGAAUCUUACGGGUCACUUUUGACCUACAUUCUUGGUAAAAUAUGUUGUUCAAUCCUAUUGCAAACUAGUACCAAACUACCUGUAAGCAACUAGCGAGUUUCAUUAAUAUCAGUAGGCAACAGGAACAGCCGGAAAUAUUCAAUUCAGGUGUUUUUCCCUAAAACUUCAGUUCUUUUAAAAACUUAAAAUAAGCGAUUUUAUGUUGUCGGUGAUUUAGUGUUUUAGAAUUCGUAAGCAACAAUGUGGCCCAAGAACCGGUAUGUAAUUCAUUUGGCUGGUAAAUUUGCUUUAUUUGUGAGUGGCAUCAUCCAACCUCUUUCCCGGGGCUUUUUCCUUAAAAAAAAAAAAAUAUUGGUGGAGUUGGGGAGGGGGGAACUUUCUAAGCGAAAAAGCAUCGGCAAUGGGGUUUUGACAUCAGCAUGUUUCUUUUUCAGGACAACAUAUGCAGAACUCCGGAAAGGGACGAGUUGGACCACCUGGCCCUCCUGGGAAACAGGGACAGGCUGGUGCUCCUGGGAAACAGGGACCUGCUGGUAUUCCUGGGAAACAGGGACCUGCUGGUAUCCCUGGGAAACAGGGACCUGCUGGUGCUUCUGGGAAACAGGGGCCUGCUGGUGCUCCUGGGAAAUCAGGACCAAUUGGACCAAAAGGAUCAAAAGGUAUCAAGGACAAACGUCAUAGAGAUCAAGGGAAAAACUGAAGCUUUUAUAACACCAACUGUGUAUGUAGGAAAAAGAGGAAAAGAAACUCCUCUUUUAACAUACCAACAUUUACAAGUUAGCCACCUGGUUAGCUGUAAACAAUAAGUUCCAUUAAUCGAAUUUCAGCUAACAUCUUGUUUCUUUUUCAUGGUGUUUUUGGGUCUUUUGCAAGCCGGCCAUUUUUGAACCGUUAUAUGCUUGAUUUAUAAUCGUCAGAAUCCCAUAGGAAAAAAUAGUCUCAUAACAGCCCGAAUUUUGAGCCAAAUGAUGUAAUAAGUCGAGGCUGAGUGCUUGGGGUCGUUUUUAUACUUUGUAGGAGAACAGGGAAAACAAGGAACCAACAAGUCAUUCCCAGGCCCUCCUGGUCCUAAAGGAGACCAGGGAGCAGUUGGGAAGACUGGCGCUCAGGGACCACAGGGUGCAAAAGGAGAAAAGGGAAGGGAUGGAUCUGGGAAUUCAGGAGUGAAAUACGUUCGCUGGGGAAGGACCACAUGUCCUAGUGGUGCGCAAGUAGUUUAUAAAGGUAUGUAAAAAGAAGCUUACAUGAUAGUUACUAUUAUGCCAUGAUUCUAAAUACAGAAAGAGUGAUAAGCUGAGGAUUUUUAUGCCACUUAUUCUGAGUCAUAUUUAAAAGUGGCAACUAUGAAAUUUCUCUAAGCUUGUUACUUUUACUGGUCAAUGACCCGGGCAUCUCUUCAAGUUAUCUUUUUGUUGCAUCUUUCCAGCAGUGUAACUGGUUCGUGCAUAAGACAGAGUGAAAUCUGGGUAUGAGAAAACGCCCCUUGUUUUUCCCAACAAUGCGCGCUCUCACCGCAUUAUUUACGUCGAGAUCACAUGAAACUGUAUCCCGCAUAAAGUUUUUUUUACAGUCUAUGUCGUCGAUCGGAUCCAUGAACCUUGAAUAAUCACCCAUGAAGCAUAAAUGGUUACCACUUGCUGAAAUGUAUUUUCAUAAAUUUGUAGUCAAGUACGCUUUUCUUCUUAGUGAUCAAUAGAAAUAGGCAGACAAUGAGUAGAGUAUUGUAUUAAAUUUUGGCCUAAAAUUGUUACAGCCGUUUGUGGUUUGUGGUCUUAGUGUUUAAGCAAUCUGAUUAGUUUCUUAUCUUUGACAAUCCAGGAAUUUUCACCUCCUAGCGAUAUUGCGUGAACUAGGCGUUUUUCCAAUUUUCUGAGUAAGAACUAAUCAACAGAAUCCUAGGGUUGAGGUUUUUGAAGGUAAGAGAGGAUUUCAAAUUAUUUUAACUGCGUGUUCCGAUUUACUUUGGCAGAAUGUUUUUCGCUUGCAAUAACAGCUCACUCGAGUAAGGGACUGGUCAAAAAGUGUAUGGGGGGGUGGGCCGGAGCAGAGACGGGGUGGGUCAUGAGGUUUUGAGCCUUGUGCAAGGGGUGGGUCGUGCAAUUUUCAGCUACCCUCAGGGGGUGGGUCACCCUAUUUUUUACUAACUACUAACGAGACGGUUGACUACACUUGUUAUAUAAAACACAGCCAGCUGGAAUUAUUGCUAAAAUACUCACAAACCUGUUGUGCGAGAAAAUACAAAGGUUGACAGACCGCGCAUCUAUACGGGCGUGGAACCCUCUGUCAACCCUUUUUUUUCUGGCUCUAACGAGCAUGUCCUUUAACGAUUUUCCUUUUUUGUAAGGAAAUGAUUGGUGUUUCUUUUAAAAUUUAUUGAAGUUACAGUUAGUUUUAUAUAAGAUUCCAUUUUUUCAUUCUAGCUUCCUUUAUAGUAGGCACUGAGGGCCGGUAUUGUGUCACGAAUGACAAUAUUUCUUUUUCCUCCUUGUUGUUUUGUUUUAGGAGUUUAGACUCCAUUUUGUGAAUUUUAUUUCCGAUAGUAGGUUUUCUAUCAAAGAUAGGGGGCACCCAACGAGAAUAUAGUUCAAAACCACUUAAACAUAGCAUUGUUAAACGUAUUUUAGUAUUUAAACAGUAGAUAUACGCAUAUUUUUAUCCCCUAAAAAGUUUUCAUCUGUUCGGAUCUGCUAGCUGAAAGUCUAGUGAUACGAAAAUUAUAGGGAUCAAAACUUACCUUUUCGAAAAUUUCAGCCAGAAAAAAGGCCCCCGAAAAUUCUAGGUGACCUUUUUAGAGUAAAAGUCCGUUAAAAAUGGGCAAUUAUACCAUUUUUUUAGAUGUUCGACAAUCCUAGGAGGGGCAGACAAGCAAGAAAUUUUACAACAAAUGUUCCGAAAAUUCUAGAUCUCAAAUCGUCUUUCGAACAGAUAUUUUCCGAAAAUGGACGUUGCAUUUUGGGUGCCCCUGAAAGAUUGUGGGUAGCCUCCGUCCGUCAAGCGUUUUUUUUUUAAAUUUGAAUUAUUUUCCUCAAAGGUUGUUUCUGAGGAGUUUUUUCAAAGGAUUCUUAAGGCUUCCCCUUUGACAAAUUCUUUUUUAACAUUUGGAGGGUGACACGAGGUGAAAUGUGUGUGGAAGAAGAUUUCCGUUUGUUUAAAAUGUGUCUUUGCAUCAAGGAUAGAUUUUUCCUUGAAUCUUGUGCCUUUGUAUACAACCGUGUCUAAAAACCCAGUCUCAGUGUCAAAUGUUUCGGCAGUGAAUUCAAUAGUUAGGUGAUGUAAGGUUGCUUGUUCAAUGAAGGCUUCGAUGUCUGGUUUACUCAUGUCCCAUAAGGAAAAGAUAUCGUGUACGUGGCAUUUCCAAACCGUUGUUCUAAAGACAGUUUUGCUUAGAGUUGUUGUUUCAAUAUAUGUCAUGAAAAUAUUGGCAAAGGAAUCAAAACUGCUGUCUUUGUGCCCAUUGCAGUUCCAUGGAUUAAUCUAAGCAUUUCCGGCAAGUAAUGUGUAGGAAUGGGUUGUCUUUGUUGAAAUUUUCAUAUGCUUUGUGACAGAUAAUUUCAAUAUACCCUCGUUUUGCUGUAUAUUUGUGUCAAGACUCAUAACGUCCAUUGAAACAAGAAAUGUUCGGUUUUUCACAUUCGUCUUUUCAGUGAAAGGUAUGAUUUCUGUGAUUUUGAUAUUGCUUGUAGCAGUGUAUCAACAAAUUUUGUCAAGCACAGAACAAGGUUUUAUUGGAUUAUUAAGAGGAAACCGAACAUCCAUGUUUUAACUAGGGGGUGGGUCAUGCAAUUUCCAACCUUGCUUUAGGGGUGGGUCAGUCAUUUUUGUGCCGAAGGGAGGGGGUGGGUCAUGUGUUUUUUUUUAUCAACCACAUUUCCAAAUGCUCCGGCCCACCCCCCAUACUUUUUGACCGGUCCCUAAAUGAGGCCAUUUUGUUAACUCAGCAUUUCCUAACAAGAGGAAUUCAGUUGCCUAGAAAUCAAAGUUAAAUUUUUGACGAAAGAAAAUGAAAGCAAAUGUUUGCGAAAAUUCUUCAUUUCAAAUAACCAGGAGAGAGAAAAGACGUUUUGCCUCCCUCAACCGCUAGCCGCCAUUUCAUUCACUUCUUGCGAAGAGCGGAAAAGGAAAGCUUUUAAUUAAUUUGGCGAGUUGACAGAAUUUCCAAGAAUAAGUGCUGAUAAUUUUUUUUUCCUUGUAUCAGGUAUAAUGGGUGGAGAAUACUACAAUCACCCUGGUGGUGGAGCGAACUACCUUUGCCUUCCACACAAUCCAAAGUAUGACAAGUACAAAGAUGGCCAUCAGAUGGCUGGAUACGUGUACGGCACUGAAUAUGAAGUGCAUCAGUACAGCGGUAACCCUUUUAAGAGAAAUCUCCACGAUCAUGAAGCAACAUGUGUUGUCUGCUUCGUCAAGUCACGUGGCUCGAUGCUGAUGAUGCCUGCCAGGAAUGACUGUCCAUCUGGAUGGACCGAGGAGUAUCAUGGGUACCUAAUGACAGAAUAUUAUGGCCACAAGCAUUCACGUGAUUUCAUCUGUGUUGACGAGGACCCGGAGUAUGUUCCUGGUAGCAAAGUAAACAAGGAUGGUGCAUUGCUGUACCCUGUGGAAGGUGUUUGUGGCUCACUCCCAUGUCUUCCUUAUGUCAGCGGUCGAGAGUUGACAUGCGCUGUGUGCACCAAGUGA